AACUUGUUACCAUGGCAGCCGAAGCAUUAAUAUUAGGACAGCACCGUGUGAUGAAUGUUUCAUCUUUUAACAACAAGAACCUGAAGGAUCUGAGAACGCCGUGUAAUACCCCUGAGUCCAGCACCACCCACACUCCCAAAACCAAUGUUUUCACUUUAGACCUUCACGAUGACGUGAUGGAGCAGCAGAACUUCAGUGUUUGUGGCUUUAAGACCACAGUGCACUUCCACAAGUCUUUUAUGCUGAUACCCAAAAAAUCAGAAAGGCAGGAGGUCAGAGAUCCCACUGUCCAUGUCCAAACUCACAAACUCAAACCCUCUCCUCACCCAAAGCCCUGUCGUACCAACAUCACUGUAGAGAAGCUCCUCAUCAGUAAAAGCCACCAGCGCCCGAGCCUCGCCACAUUUCAGCUGAUCGAAAAGUCGUAUCAAGAAAAAGAAAAGCUGGAGAGACUGAAGGAUCGAGUCGAGAAUGUGAAACACUUACAGAACCAACGUGACCACGCCCGAGCUCAGCGUGAUACCUACCUAGAAACUCAGAGGACAGAGGCGCUGCUGAGACAGGAACGAGAACGAGACCAACUGGAGAAAACCCUCAAAAUACAGAAAACCAAACUAAACCUAGAGGUGCAGCUCGCCAAGCAGAAGAACCUCAGGUUCCUCCAGGAGAAGAGCAGGAACACGUCAGAGCGGGAGAUGGUCCAGGAAUUCAACAGGCAGCGCAGCGUUCUGGCUAAAACCAUCACAAACCACGUCGCUCACCAAAAACUCAACCAGGAUCAGCAUGAGAAGAGACGACACGUCACCACCAGCAAAGAGCAGGAAAUCAGGAAACAGAAGAUUCAGGUUCCCGUUCACACCGUUACUGUUCGUUAACCAUCAAUAGCAGCUCCUGCACUAUCAGAACAGAUCAGCUGGGUUAUUCAUCAACUCAGCCUUUACCCCAAAACUUCCUGAACCCCUCCAGAACUCAUAUAGUCCACCUGAACCCCUCCAGAACGUUUACAGUCCUGCAGAACUCUAAUAAAGUGAUUUAAUGAUCCAGAUUAAA